CGCGCAGGACGCAGCGGACCGUCCCGGCUCGACCCUCGAUGGUUUACCGCCGCCCGGAGGAGGGACAGACCUUCCAGGAGCCGCGCACAGUCUGACAGCUCCGUGAGCCAUGCUGAAGCCGGGCGACCCGAGCGGCUCGGCCUUCCUGAAGGUGGACCCGUCAUACCUGCAGCACUGGCAGCAGCUCUUCCCUCAGGCCCAGCUCAAGGCCCCCCUGGCGCCGCCGCCGCCUCCCCCCCAGGACCGCCUGGCCCUCCCCGUGGACGCCCUGCGCCCGUCCCGCCUGCACGGCCACCUCCUGGCCUCCUCUUCAUCGUCCACGUCCUCGUCCUCGGCGUCCUCGUCCGUCUCCAUCUCCAGCCCCGCCGGCCUGUCCCAGCUUCCCGUCCCGCAGCAAAUCGCGCUCUUCGGCCAGGCGCUGGCCCCGGCGUGCUCCGGGCCCGGAGGACCGGGAGGAGGGGGAGGUGGAGGAGGGGGAGGAGGGGGAGGGGGGGACCUGGUGGUGGUGGUCCCCACGGAGAACCAGCAGGGUCACAACCCAGCGGCGGGGCUCCUCCAUCAGGCCAAAGAGCAGCCGGGCUGUGGGGGGGUGGGGGUGGGGGUGGUGUCGUCCAGCGUGAAGAGCGGCGGCAGCGGCGGUGGAGGAGGAGCGGGAGGAGGCGGCGGAGGCGAGGAGGGCGCCAAAGGAGUGGCGGGCGGCUUCAAACUGACGUCCGAGGAGCUGGACUACUACCUGUACGGACAGCAGAGGAUGGAGAUCAUCCCAAUCAGCAACCACACCGGGGAGCUCAACAACCGCUGCGACAUGUGUGCAGACAACAGGAACGGCGAGUGUCCCAUGCACGGUCCGCUCCACUCCCUGCGGCGGCUCGUUGGCACCAGCAGCUCGGCGGCACCCGUCACUCUGCCCGACGUCCCCGACUGGCUACGAGAUCUGCCCAGAGAGGUGUGUCUGUGCACCAGUACAGUUCCCGGUCUAGGUUAUGGGAUCUGUGCGGCCCAGAGGAUCCCUCAGGGAACUUGGAUCGGCCCGUUUCAGGGCGUUCCUCUGCUGCUGGACAAGCUGCAGUGUGGAGCCAUCAGGAACACCAGACACCUGUGGGAGAUCUACGAUGCAGAGGGGACGCUGCAGCACUUUAUCGACGGGAACGACCCCAGCAAGUCCAGCUGGAUGAGGUACAUCCGCUGCGCCCGGCACUGUGGAGAGCAGAACAUGAUGGUUGUUCAGUACAGGUCGUGUAUCUUCUACCGGGCAUGUAUGGACAUCCCUCGAGGCACCGAGCUGCUGGUGUGGUACAACGACUCCUACACGUCCUUCUUCGGGAUCCCUCUGCAGUGCAUCGCUCAGGACGAGAACUUGAACGUUCCAGCCACCGUGGUGGAGGCGCUGACCCGGCAGGAGUCCCUCCAGUCCUUUGGCAAAAACAGCAAGCCCUCGUCUUCAUCGUCUUCGUCCUCCACGCCGUCCAACCCCCUCAUGCGGUCCAUGGUCUUCCCCCACUCCCCCUGCUCCCGGAGCUUCUCCCUGUUGGACAAGGUGGGGGUGGGGCCUCAGUCGGACUCGGGCUUCGGGCAGCUGGGUGUGAAGAACCAGCGAGUCCUGGCGAGUCCCACCUCCACCAGCCAGCUGAGCAGUGAGUUCAGCGACUGGCACCUGUGGAAGUGUGGCCAGUGCUUCAAGACCUUCACCCAGAGGAUCCUGCUGCAGAUGCACGUCUGUCCGCAGAACCCCGACAGGCCAUACCAGUGUGGCCACUGUUCCCAGUCCUUCUCCCAGCCGUCCGAACUGAGGAACCAUGUGGUGACUCACUCCAGCGAUCGGCCCUUCAAAUGUGGGUACUGCGGCCGGGCAUUUGCAGGGGCCACUACGCUCAACAACCACAUCCGUACGCACACCGGAGAGAAGCCGUUCAAGUGUGAGCGUUGCGACCGCAGCUUCACGCAGGCCACCCAGCUCAGCCGCCACCAGCGACUCCCCAACGAGUGUAAACCGGUGAACGAGAGCAGCGAGUCCAUCGAGGUGGACUGAGCCUCGGUCCAUCCCGGCCGCCGUCCAGCCUCCACCCAUUUCCCUCCUCCGCCCGCCCUGAACCGACGCCCCUGAGCAGAACCCGCUGUGAUUCCCCGCCGACCUCCGGUUUGCCUUCUCUGCAGUGAAUCCACGAAGCUCACAGAAAAACUGGAGGCCUCGAUCAAUCGCCACGCUUAGUGAGUCACAACAUACAGACAGCGGCCGGUUUGCAGGUCGCUGGUAGAAACAAGCCUCACCGAGCCUGCAGGCCAGGAAAAAGUCACUGCAAGUUUCAGAGGCGAUUACAGAGACGAACAACAGGCUUUCAGAUACACUGGCUUCUCCAGAGCCUCCUCUCCAGAGGGCCAGCAUCCCGGAAGUCUGUGAGAAAGUCUCCGUUGAUCACAUCCUGGUCCUCGCUGCAGUUCAAACCUGACGGUUUAAUUUGACUCUGGACUCAUUGUCUGGGCGUGAAGAAAUAAUCAGUGU